GAGAGAGAGAGAGAGAGAGAGAGAGAGAGUUUAUGAGCUCAGAAAUGCCAAAAACAAAAGGCAAAAAAAGGUAAGGGGUCCAAGUUGUGUCCUGAGUCAUCCUUAUUCCCUCCCUUCUCUUUCCGACCCUUUUGUUCCUGGCUCACAAUUACCACUAAUAUACUCAUUUUAUUACAUAUUACAUCAUAAAGUUGAGAUCUUUGGGGCCAUCAAUGUGCUCAAACUCAAAAAUACAGAGAGGAUCAAGUUGUGGUGUAUUCCCAGUCAUUCUCUUCCUCUGGUUACACAACUACUGUUGAGUGUUUCACCUACUUGGGCUUCUUCUCUUCUUGUGGCUUCAAGUUGACUUUACCGCGAGAUUCCCAAAGGCCAAAGGGAAGGUGGGCUAAUGUGGUGGGACCAUCUACUUGUUGAAUGAGAAUCUUCCCUUGUAAUUGAUGAUAGAGAGGGAUCAUCCCAUUUGGAAUUUUAUUUCUUUACUUUCUUGGGAAGAAUAAACCAAAGUUUAACAGUACUGUACUGAACACAGCAGUUUUAGAGAGGGAGAAAUUAAUUUCUUGGGCUGAACAAGAUACAGCUUAGAAUCAUAUUACUGAGCUGUUAAGCCAACCUAAUCCAUGCUUUGCUGAUUUUAUUUUUUGUGUUGCUGGAGCAGAGCAGACAACCAUACAGGGUGGUGGAGAAAUUAGUUUUCUUUUUUUUUUUUUUGGGUAUUUCAGGAAAAGUACCAAUCAAUCAUUUAUUGUUUGUUGUGCAUAGAUAAGGGAGACAAAGGAAAUAAACUCCCUCGUUUUGGAAUAUCCAAGAAUCAGGAAUCUUUCCCUCUUCAGUUUUAUCAAAAUUCCAAUUCUACAUGGUCUUUGGCAGCUGCUGAGUGAUGGUGGCUUUGGGAUUUCAAUUCAAAAAGGGAUUAGUAUUGAUUUGGAGAAAUGAGUUGUGGGUAGCUCUUGAAUCUUGAAAAAAAGGGGGGAAAUCUAGGUAGCAGUUGCUGUGAUGAACGGUAAUGAUUUUAUUGCUGAGAGUAGUACAAUGUUGGGGAGAACACAGUCUGAUAAUUCCCUUAUGGAUUUAGAUUACAUGGAUGAAUUGUUAUUGGAGGGAUGUUGGUUGGAGACAAGUAAUGGAUCUGAAUUCUUACAUCAAAGUAGUAGUCCAUCUAGUUUCAGUGCUCUUUUUGAUUCUUCAUUUUCGCCUAAGCCUGCUUUUUUAGAGGCACCAGCAGCCAAUAAUAAGCAUGGUGAUUCCAGCCAAUUGCAUGAUUCUGCUCAAGAAGAGAGACAAAGAUUAUCUUUUUCUGACAACCUUUCAGUUAGUCCGAGCUGGGAUUAUCGAGAUGGUAAUCUAAGCAUAACUCAAAGUAAUCCAGAGGUGAGCAGAAGGUGGUGGAUUGGACCAAAUGCUUCGACGUCUGUAAUGGAGAGACUCAUAAAGGCUGUUGGUUAUAUUAAGGAUUGGUCAGGAGAUAAGAAUGUUCUUGUUCAAAUAUGGCUCCCAGUAAACAGGGGUGGCAGGCGUGUGCUUACAACCAGUAAUCAACCUUUCUCGAUUCACAAUUGUCCGAGACUUGAGAAUUACAGGAACAUUUCGGUGAACUAUCAUUUCCCUACUGAGGAGGAUAAGGAUUCGAAAGAAAGUGUUGGGUUUCCAGGGCGGGUUUUCAUGGGCAAAGUCCCUGAAUGGACCCCUGAUGUUCAGUUCUUCCAGACAAAUGAAUAUCCUAGGGUUGGUUACGCGCAACAAUGUGAUGUUAGGGGGACGCUUGGAGUUCCAAUAUUUGAACAGGGUAGUCGUAAUUGUUUGGGGGUUAUUGAAGUUGUCAUGACCACCCAAAAGAUCAACUACCGCCCAGAGCUUGACCGCGUCUGCAAGGCUCUUGAGGCUGUUGACCUUCGGAGUUCUGAUGCUUCGAGCACUGAAAAGAUUGAGGCAUGCGAUUUCUCUUAUAAAUCGGUACUACCGGAGAUUCUUGAGCUUUUUAAAGAAGCAUGUGGAAGGCAUAAUUUACCCUUAGCUCAGGCUUGGGUACCUUGUAUAACACAAGGGAAAGGGGGAUGCCGACACUCUGAUGAAAACCUCGUUCUAUGUGUUUCGCCAGUGGAAUCUGCUUGUUUCAGUGCCGAUCCACGUGCUGAAGGUUUUAACGAAGCAUGCUUAGAGCACCACUUGUUCAAAGGUGAAGGCAUUGUUGGAAGAGCAUUCACAACUAACCAACCAUGUUUUUCGCCUGAUGUGACAACAUUUACCAAGAAAGAGUAUCCCCUUUCUCACCAUGCAAGGAUGUUUGGUUUGUGUGCUGCAGUGGCCAUACGUUUGAGGAGUAUCUACAGUUCCUCAAGUGACUUUGUUCUCGAGUUCUUCCUACCCGUUGAUUGUAAAGACUCAACAAAGCAAAUGGAAUUGCUUAGUUCUCUAUCCCUCAUCAUUCAGAAUGUUUGUCAGGGUUUGAGAGUUAUAACUGAUGAAGAGUUGCACGAAGAAAUGUCAAAACCUGCAUUUGAAAAAUCCCGUAUAGAAGUGCCGAAAAUGGAACACAAGCAGCAGUCCACUAUAGCAUCUGACAAGAUGUCAUCUUGGACUUCUCCUUCUGUGGAGGUCAAGGAACAUAUUGAUAUUGCUUCAGAAGUUCAAAAUGGAAAACCUGUGCAAGUGGUGUCCACAAAUUUCUCGGAAUCCAUGCAUUAUCGUCCUGAUGUAAGUUCAAGUAAGGAGAUUGUGUUUGGGGACACAAGUCUUGCUACUUCUGGAGAAUCCAGCUUCCAAAGUGUGCCUAAAAACGGGGAUAAAAGACGUGCCAAGGCAGAGAAAACUAUAACGUUGGAGAUUCUACGGCAAUACUUUGCUGGCAGCCUAAAAGAUGCUGCAAAGAGCAUCGGUGGUAAGUACUUACGUCACUCAUUGUUUGAACAAACUCAUGGACGGUUCAACUAGUAUAAGAUGAGUAAUGGUGCUCAUAGUUGUAAAUUCGUAUCUUCAUUUAGUAAACUACUCAUGUGACAUUAAUUCAUUGGUUGUUACUGUGUCAAUAAUAAAUAUUAUAUAAAGCCAAUCACUCUUGCCACAUCAGUAGUUAAAGUAGCUAUGUUUAUUAUUACAUGGUGUCAACCUCCUUUCACUUCUCUUAAUAUUUUCUCAUUUCAUGCAAAUGUUUUCAUGCAUUUUCAGUUUGCCCUACGACGUUGAAGAGGAUAUGCAGGCAACAUGGUAUCAAACGAUGGCCUUCUCGAAAAAUCAAGAAGGUCGGCCACUCCUUGCAGAAAAUUCAACGAGUGAUUGAUUCAGUGGAAGGUGCAUCAGGUUCUUUACAGAUUGGAUCCUUCUACACAAGCUUCCCGGAACUUGCAGCUCCAAAUUUAUUGAGAGGAGCGGAUGUCUUCCCGUCAAAUUUGAAGCAAAGUGAUUAUUUGAAGCCCUUAAACUUGCAGCAGCCGGCUCAGGGUUCGCCCUCUUCUUCCUGCAGCCAAAGUUCGAGUUCCAGUCAAUGUAAUUCAACUGGAACACAACCACAUUCUCAUGCAGCAAACCUUUUUACGGGUCAGGAAGGCUUGACUAAUAAAGACAACUUAGAUGGUCUGCAGCUCAAAAGGGUUAGAAGCGAUGCUCAGCUGCAUUUAUCAAGUGAUGGGCCAAAACCCCUGGCAAGAUCUCAAAGUCAUAUGUCAUUCGCCGACCUCCCAAAAUCAGAAGAACUUCCUAUUCUUCUGCCAAAAACUGUUCCAUGUUCUCGAGAAGGAAACGGUAAUAAUUCAACCCUGAGAAUAAAAGCUACGUAUGGGGAAGAGAAGAUCCGGUUUCGAAUGCUGCGCAGUUGGGGUUUUGGAGAUGUAAUGAGGGAAAUCACUUGCAGGUUUGGUAUAGAUGACACGACUGGAUUCCAUCUGAAAUACUUAGAUGACGACUCUGAAUGGAUUCUGAUGACUUGCGAUGCUGAUCUAGAGGAGUGUGUGGAUGUAUAUCAAUCGGCGCAGAGGCAGACGAUAAAACUAUCACUGGUUCGUGAAGCUCUGCAACAACAUGGAAGUUCUUCAGGUAGAACUUAUCUUUGAAAGAGAGCGAUGGGAACAUAUAGGAUUCAUAUAGUCAACCACACAUAGAUGAUAAAGGCUAUGGUUAUUGUUGAGGUAUUGGAGGAAGGAGCGAGUCUGCCCCGCUGUACAGAGCCACCAGCCAUUAGUAGGAAUUCAGGGAAUUCUAUAUGCAGAUGUUGUUAGUGAAUGUUUGUUAUAUACAAAAAAUAUGAGAGUUGUCUUUCAUUUUAUCUGUGUGGACAGAAGCACAUCCUUACAAAUUUUAUUUCUGAUGCUUCAGUAUUCUGAACUCAGCCAAGAUCAUUUAGUCUGAUUGUGUGUGUGUGACUAUUUUCUUCGUUUGUUGUAGUUAUGAUAGCCAGGAAUUUAUUUUAUAGACCAGGCAUUAUUAGCUUUCAGCGAAACUCUUACGUACAUAUCAUAUCUGAAAGGUGAAUGCUGAUUAGUAAAACUAAUUUGAUCCGAGGAAUACUUUUCACUUGGUCUUGCUAUCUUUUGCAUAGAGAGAAAUAGGUUCUUGAUUCAGCCAGCAUUUCAUGUAAAUUUAACCCCAUUUUCCAUUCACUGAAGCUGAAUACAUGUUUUGCAGUGUCUUUGCUAGCUCAAAUACAUUCCACUCAUUCACUAACUUCAAAAGAGCUACUUGGUCUGUAUAUCUCUAUCUACAAUUUUUGUGAUAUUUUUCCUCUCUUCCUCAAGAACUUCACUCAUGCUUUUGAAUGUUCCUACAAAUCUACACCUGAUGCUGCUUUUGUUUACAGCAUUUACUUGCAACUAUGCUAUUAAAAAUAAAUCACAAAAAAGACUAAAAAUCCUAUUCCACAAAAUUUAUGUCAGAUCUGUGAUGAAGUAGAUGGCCGAUCCUCUUGCUUUUCUAUUAAUACACAUCUUGAAGGUGGACCAAACAAGCUUAGAAGUACCUGCAUGACCAAACAAGUUCUUCAGAAAGGUGCAAUCCGCUAAGGGGACGAACCUAUUGUAAAAGAGGCUUAGAACAAAAAGUGAUUGCAAGAUGAAAGUGCCCAUCAAAUGACGGCGCCCUUUCCAUUUGUUUUAACAUUUCAUUGCCUGUAAAACAACUAACAAGCUAUUUAAAUAUAGGGUGCACUGCUGAUAAGAAAUAGUUGUGUGUGAUCUUAAAAGUUACAGAAAACAAAUUAGUUUCACUGUUCUCUUUUUCUUUCGUUAAGCAAUUUAAAGUAAUGUAUGGUAUUAAGGAAAUAUACAUUCCUAAGUAGGGAACACAUCCAUUCUCUCUUUCAAAAUAGAAGUCAUAUAAGCAUAUGAAUAGGGACUCUUACAGGUAAAAACACAAGUCCAUGCAAAAAUCCCAGUAGAACCAAUGCGAGAUACAUUUUAAAGUAGUAGACCUGUAAAAUAUGAGGAGUAGAUUUUAGGACAUCAGAUGAAUAAUUUUGUUAUAUAUCCAAAAAAAGCAUAUUGCGUAAAAAUUCUAACC